UCUGUGGCAGAGGAACUUCCGGUGAUAUCGCAGCUGACUUGACGCAGGGGGCAGCAGCACGACUGUUACUCUCAAACGGAGAUUUGUUUUGUUUUGAGAUUAACACAAAAUAUAUCAAGAUGGCGUGGAAGAUAAGACACGUCCGUCACAAGCUUCACCAGGAGGCAGUGAAGCUGGACAGGCCUUGCGGUCCCGAUGCGACCACCGACUUUGCGUUGUCCCCGAACGUCCGGGACAAACACCGCAUGAUCCAUCCACGUCCAGAGGUCCACCGGAGGGACAAUCAGCCCCUGGCAGAGAGCCCUUUCCCGACUGGAAUCUUUGCUGGCACUAAAAUCACCCCAGAAGCUCUGGUACAGACCCUGAAGUUUAAGGAAACUCCAGAUACACCCAUACUCGGCAGAGAAGGUCCUGACAGAGCUCUGAAAGGGCGUCAGCCAGCCAAGAAAGACAAGAUGAACGGGAGAAGGGAGAAGUGGAUGAACAAGAUCCGCUCCAUCAAACAGGCCCAAGAGGAGCAGGCAGCCAAGGCCCACAGGCAGGCCAUGCCCGUGGUUGGAGACCUGAGACCGCUGGCAGACGCCCUGCCAGACCUCUGUCCAUUUAAUGGCCCAACCACUGCCACGAUCUCCACUGCUCGUCGCAUGAGCAGAAAAAACAAAAUGCCAGUGAAGAGGCCCGAGCCAACAGAUUUCAGUCAGAUGAAACAGUCACAGAAACGCAAACUUCUAGAAACGGAGAGCAGCCGCUUCAGUGACGUUAUAAAGACCCUCUGUGGAAAAAUGAACCCUCUGGCUGAUAUUGGUGAGCAGUUAAGGAAGCGGAUGAGGCAGGAGGAAGAGCACGGUCCCAGCUAACGGCAGCAACAGCAAAUGUGAAACUGGGAGAGAUCAAGCACUUGUACAGACUCAAAUCAUUGAAUCCCAACGGGUAUUUGACUUUUUCUGGGAAACUCGACCGUGUCCUCUCUGGUUAAUAAGGAGGAAGAACCUGAAAACUGGUACUCUCGUCAGUAACGCGUCAGAUGCUGACAGGUCCCAUAUUACAGUAGAGAUAUGGACAAAGAUGUGCAAAGAUGGUUGGCAUGAAGGCAAAUGUCAAAAUGAUGGCUCGUGCACAUUUUAUCGCAAUAAUAAAAUGUUCAAUUCA